AACCACGGGUGCAAAACCCUAUAUUGUGUGAGUGAUAGACAUAACCUAUUGAUGUGACGUUACUUAACAUGGUCAUUAUAUAUGAUAGAGAAAUAGUUGAAUAUUUAUUUAAAAUAUCUUCUCCCACUAUUCCACCAACCGUUUCUCCUCAUCCAUAUAUUUCUUAGCUUUUUAAUUCUAUAAAUCCAUUCUACCUUCACAUGCACAUUUCUCAUUAUUUUCCAAUAUGGCGGAUCAGAAAGCACCCCUAAAGCUAGAAAUGAAAGAUGUUGUGCUUGUAAAAUCAUCCAAGUCCAUUCCUUCUUGUAUUCUUUCUCUGUCUACACUUGACAAUAUAUACAUCAAUAAUAGCCUUUUUCUAUUUGUUCAUGUAUACCGGUCAUCAACAAUUCAUGAUUCUGAUUCGGGUUUCGACCCUUGUCAUGUAUUCAAAGAAGCGCUCUCAAAGGCUUUGGAUUAUUAUUAUCCUCUUGCAGGUAGACUAGUGAAACAUGCUGGUGACGGAAGACUUAGAGUCGAGUUUGGUGUUGGUGAUGCAGAAUAUGGUGUUCCAUUCUUAGAAGCAUAUGCUAAUUGCACCCUUUCUUCUCUUCAUUACUUGGACAAUACUGACACAGAAAUUGCAAAAGACUUGGUGCUUGAUAUUCCUUCUCCUAAGGAUAAAAGUUACCCUUUGGUGUUAAUGGUGACAAAAUUUCUUUGUGGCGGUUUCACAAUUGGAAUGGGGUUGUCGCAUGCUAUUUGUGACGGAUUUGGCGCAUCACAAAUCUUCAGAGCAAUUGUUGAACUUGCAAGAGGAAGAACUGAGCCAUCAGUGAAACCUGUGUGGGAAAGAGAAAAACAAGUUGGAUCAAUAGCUAUACAAACUUUUCCACAAUGUCCCAUGGACCGAGAAUCUGUUUCACUUUCACCCUUUGUAAAUCAAAAUAAUACUACGAUAAUUAAACAAUAUUGUUUUAAAGUAGAGGGUGAAAUGAUAAGAAGACUUAAGUUGAGUUUGAUGAAUGAAAAUGAAAAUAUAAGGUUCACAACUUUUGAAGUGCUUGCAGGUUAUGUGUGGAGGUCAAGAGCAAGAGCCUUAAAACUUAAAAGCAAUGGUUUAACAGCGCUAACCAUUGCAGUUGGUAGUAGACGCAACUUAAAGGAUUAUGAUACUUUACCUAAAGGGUAUUAUGGGAAUUCUAUUAUAGAUGUAAAUGUUGUUUUAAAAGUGAGUGUGCUCAACGAAAUGCCACUCUAUGAAACCAUUAAGCUGAUUAAAGAGACUAAAAAUAUUGCUUUCACUGCUGAUUAUGUUACAAACUCAAUAAACUCUUUGGAAUUGGAAGCUAGUGGUGCAGUAACGUCUCUAAGUGAGUUGAAACAUUUGGGUUUUCAGGAAAAUUUAAAUUUUGAAGGCUAUGAAUUAGUGAAUUUUUUAACUGCACCAUGCAAGAUGCUUGGCACCCUCGAUACGUGUAUUUUCUCAUCUCCUAAUAAACUUGAUGAUCAUGAUCUGUCAAUGGAAGGAGGAGUUAGGAUAUUUACAUCACUCCCUGAAGCUGUAGGAGAUCCACACUCAAGGUGCAUGCAUGAAUCACAUGCAUAUAUAUACACAUUGCGAUGACUUGUCAUGAUUAUGUGUUUUUU